AUGGAUAAUGUAAGAUGUUUGAUUUGCUCAAGAAGAUUAAAAAGUCAGGAUUCACUUCUUCUACAUGUUAAAUCAGCACAUUUGAAUGCUCCUAAUAAUACUAAUAAGAAAGCAAAAAGAAAACCAAAAAGGCGUAAUGGUAAUGACAACAGUGAUGAUAGAGAUGAUAAUGGUAAUGGCAUUGAUGAAAUUAAAAAAGGAGACAAAGAUAGAAAUCUUAUAAUUAUUGAUGAUGAUGAUGAGUGGGAGGAGAGGGAAAUUGACAAUGAUAGCAAUGACAAUGAUAUGAGUACGAGUAUGAAUAUUAUUAAUGACAAUGAUAUGGGUAUGGGUAUGAGCACGAGUACGAUUAAUGACAAAGUUCAAGAUAUAAAAGAAAUCAGCAUUAAUAAUAAUAAUAGUAAUAUUCAAAUCCAAAUCCAAAUCCAAAAUAAAAAACAAGAAAAUGACAUCAGUGACAAUAGUAAUAGCAAUAUUCAUAAUCAAAAUAUAAAAAACAUCAUUACUACAUCAACUAAAGGCAAAGAAACUAUUAAUCAAUCCAAUAAUAUCAUUGAAAUAUAUCCGCAAUUUCCUUGUGAAAUGUGCAAUGCGUCUUUUUCUUCACUAUUAGAAUUAAGCAAUCAUAUAGAUUCCAAUCAUCCAGAAGCUUAUCACCCAAUUCUAAUCACUUGUCCUGGAUGUAAAGAAGUCAAUCAUAAUAGAUAUUCGUUUAGUAGACAUAAAAGGCUUGUUCAUAAUAUGAAAGGUCCAUUAAAUAAAGUACAACAUAGUAAUCAAACAAACAAUCAGACACAGAAUCCACACGCAAUUCCAAAUAUUAAUUCACCAGGACUCAAUAAUAACAAUAAUACUUACACCAAUAGUGGUAGUCUUCCUCACAAUAAUCAUAUCAAUAAUUUUAGUCCCAUCAAUAAUUUUUUAACCCUAUCAAUUUAA